CUGCUAAAAAUGGCUCUUCAACAGUUUGUAUGCGGGAUCAGUGUGAUGAUCAUUCUUGUCUGCAAAGGAAGUAAUCCUCAACCCGCCUGUGCCAGACCUCCAAUCAACAGCAGGAUUUUAGGAGGGCAAGGUGUAUCUCCAGGAAGUUGGCCCUGGCAUGUCACUUUUUUCUCUAAUGGUGGACUAUUUUGUCAUGGAUCUCUGAUCACAGAUGAGUGGGUGCUGACUGGUGCUCAAUGCUCAACACAAGCUUACCUCAGUGGCGCAGUAGUGCACUUGGGUGCUAACGACAAGUCAGGAUUUGGUAAUGUGACACGGAGAAUUGACUCCAUUCACUGCCAUCAAGACUUCAAGAAUAACUAUUAUGACAAUGAGAAUGACAUCUGUCUUCUGAAGCUGUCAGCUCCUGUCGACUUCACAGACUACAUCCGACCAGUCUGCUUGGCCUCAGAAAACAGCACUUUCCAUGAGGGAACUGCCAGCUGGGUCACUGGUGUCGACUCAUACAACUACUAUUACUAUUCUUCCAACCUCCAGGAUGUUGAUAUAUCAGUAAUUGGCACCAAUAAAUGCAUCUGCUCCUACAACAGCUCCUACUACUCCUACUACAACCGUGCAAUAACAAAUAACAUGCUGUGUGCUAGAAGUGAAAACGGAUCAAAGACUGCAUCUUAUGGAGACCAGGGGGCUCCUCUAGUGGCCAAACAGGACUCCAUCUGGGUUCAGAGUGGGAUUGUGAGUUAUAUUACUGGUUAUUACCUGGGUCAACCUACUAUCUACACUCGUGUGUCCCAGUACCAGAAAUGGAUCAGCGACAGAAUCACUGGUAUGGAACCAGGCUUUGUGACCUUCACAUCCCCGGGCAUUGACAGCGACCUGAACUUCACCUGCCCACCAAUACCAUCUACAACUACCACCCCUUACACUUACACCUUCUCUUCUCCAACAACUACCUAUACCACCAAACGACCAAAACCUACACGUACCACCGUCCCUCACACUACUGACGACAGCAUAUUUGGCAGUGGUGAAACUCUGAUUCCCAUCACGCACUUCUCUCUCUCUGUUCUUGCUCUGUUUCUCCAUCUCUUCGUUGGCAGUGCUGGAAUCUAACUUACUAUGUUUACUCGUACUGCACUCGGGUUCUUGGGCUUGGAAACUUUGCCUCAACAUAUCAGGCUGUCUAUACUGCGCAUCACUGUACAUCUGCUUUAGUUUUGUUUCACAAAUUAAAAUCCCUACAAAGUAAAUGAAGGAUGAAAUAAGUUUAGUUAGGAACUAGAUUAAAAGAUCUCAAAAUUGAAAAAGUAAUGUGUUGUUUUCCUUUUUUUUCUUUGUAUUCUUUUAUUUCAUAUAUGGGUUGGGAUAUUUACCUAUAUGGCUAAUGCAACUUUAAUCUUGAGUAAUUAACAGAUAAUAGGGUUGUGAUUUUUACCAAUAAAUCAUAUGGUUUGGUUCUAAAAUAUCCAACAAAAAAUGCUGACUAGUAAUACAUUUUAACUUUGCUUAAUUAAAAUCUUUCAAAACUA